AUGCAGAGCGUGCCGUGGGUCGGGCUGCCGGCGGUGAGGAGGUCGCUGCAGGAGGCUGCCGCCUCGUACGCGCAUCACCAGGCCUCGGCCCCGGCUGCGCGGUCCACGGGGAGGUCGGUCGAGACGCUGGUGGUGAUCAUCGCGGCAAUCGUGCUCGCCGCGGCGCUCGCGGGCGUCCUCGCGCGGGCGUGCGACGGGAGGCACGUGGCGCCGAGCGCGGACCGCGACGUCGAGGGGUGGGUGGAGCGCCGGUGCCGGACCUGCCUCGACGGCGGCCUGCCAGCGCCGCCGGGAACGUCGUCGAACACGACUGCGGCCAAAUAA